UUCUCCCCAUCAGCCAAUCCAGAGUUUUGUCUCCGUAAGUGAACAAAUGGGGCAGUAAUGGGCAGGAGGAGCAGAUGGAGUUUCUGCCCUGUGGAGUCCUCUUCCUCCUCGCAGCUUCGGCCUCCCUGUUGGGGAUCAACCCAGGAAGAUCCUCCCAUUCCUUACUCCACACAUACAUGAAAGAGUCAGAUCAGUCCUUGUUCAUCCUCUCCACAUACCUGGAUGGCAAGCGCAUCACCCGCUAUGACAACAAGAAGCAUUCGGUUGAGGUGGUGCUCCCCAGGGUGCAAGCGUUCUUGCAGAAUGAUUCCGAGACCAACCGCUGGGAGAUCGAUCACGCGAAAGAUGCUGAGGAAUAUUUUGGCCUGGCUUUGUAUCACCUGAAUAAGCUCUACAACCAAAGUUCAGCCAUUCACGUCUUGCAGUGCGUCACUAAUUGCAGCCUGGGCACAGAUGGCGGGGCGGAAUGGCUAAUCAAGUGUGCCUACGAUUGGAGGGACGUCCGCCUGCACCAGGACACUUUCCCCAGGAAGGCCUUGGAGGAUAUCUGGGAAAUGACCGAGCUAUGGGAGGUGUACCGAAGGGAGAGCUGUCCACAGACUCUUUGCCGGUGGCUACAGGAUGGCAAGAAAUACCUCCAGGAGACCAAAAGGCCCGAGGUGGAGUUGAAAGCUAAGGAGCGCGAUGGUUUCAAGACACUCUUCUGCCGAGCCUACGGUUUCGAGCCUGUGAUGAUCAGAAUGACCUGGGAGAAGGACGGCUGGGAUUGGCAGGCACAUACCUUCCACGGGAUCGUUGCGCCCAAUGUGGACGGGACUUACUACUUCUGGAUCAGCGUCCGAGUUGGCCCUGAGGAGGAGGGCCGUUACGUGUGCCGUGUGGAACAUGCAAGCCUGGCAGAGCCACUGGAGCGGACUUGGGAGGAAUCUGCAUCUGUACGACAGAGAUUUGGGACCAUCGUCUCUGUGGUAGUCAUGGCAAUACUUUCGUUGGUCACCACCAUUUAUUGCAAAUGUUUCCGGCAAGAAAAACAAACCUGUCCGCAGAGCCCUGCCGCCUUGCCCCAGGGUAAGUGGAGUCCUGAGAGAGGAGCAGCAGCCACCUCAGGAUCCUGCAAAUAUGAGGGGAAUGUGGGAUUUCUGAUCACGGGGCUUCGUGGAACUCCUUGCCAAGGGUUGGCCUGGAACUACUUGAUCCCGGAGAAACAUUGCCUGGUGGUGAGACUCAAGGAGCGCAGGAGGACGGAGAAGGACGUCCGGGAAACCAUCAGUUUUGUGCCCUCU